CAGGCGUAUGGCCAGGCAAUGCAUUGCCUUCUAUCUGCAGGGUUUUUCCAUUGCACUGAUUUGGGCUGUGUCUUCAUCACAAUCAUUGCAGCCUCACUUUUCUUGAACAGGUGGUCCUUCCUGGAGCUGGCCACCAAUGAGAAGUACAAUGACAGUCUGCAGGCCUACGCUGCGGGGUUGGCUGAAGCAGCUGUGUCCAAGCAGCUCAUCUACAUGCACUGGAUUAACACCAUGAUGGGCUACUGUGGCCCCUUUAAAUAUCAGACGGACUACUGUGAGAAGCUGAAGAGCUACAUAGAGGCCAACCUGGCUUGGAUGGAAGAGCAGAUGGAGAAGGGAGAGGAUUCUGAGUAUUGGUACCAGGUGCGCCUGGCUUUGCUGCAACUCAAGGGCCUUGAGGAUGGUUACUACGGACGAGUGGCCUUCCCCAGUGGACAAUUCUCCAUCACACCUUUUGGCUUCCUCUUGUUCCAGUUGGGGGGUGAUCUGGAAGACCUUGAAUCUGCCUUGAACAAAACCACCAGUGCACGUAAUCUCGGCUCUGGAUCUUGCUCUGCCCUCAUCAAGCUGUUGCCAGGAAACAAGGAUCUCUUUGUAUCCCACGACACCUGGAAUUCCUACCAGUCCAUGCUGCGCAUCAUCAAGAGAUACACACUGCCCUUCCACACCUCGGCCCAGAGCAACUUUGUGGUUCCGGGGAACAUCCAGGUUUUCUCAUCCUAUCCUGGCACCAUCUUCUCAGGAGAUGACUUCUACAUCUUGAGCAGCGGCUUGGUGACUCUAGAAACCACCAUUGGGAACAACAACGCUGCCUUGUGGAAGUACAUCAAUCCGAAAGACAGUGUCCUGGAGUGGCUACGAAAUAUAGUGGCCAAUCGACUGGCCAGGACAGGGGCUGAGUGGUCAGCCAUCUUCCAGGAGUUCAACAGUGGCACGUACAACAACCAGUGGAUGAUUGUGGACUAUAAUGCUUUCCUCCCAGGCAAGGCCAGCAUCCAGCAGGGGGUGCUGACGGUGCUGGAGCAGAUCCCGGGUCUGGUGAUUGCAGCUGACAAGACAGAAUUGCUGUACCAGCAGGGAUACUGGGCCAGCUACAAUGUGCCGUACUUUGAGGAGGUCUUCAAUGUAAGCGGCAACCUGGAACUGGUGAAGAAAUACGGUGACUGGUUCACCUAUGACAAGAACCCCCGGGCCCAGAUCUUCCGGCGAAACCAGACGCUUGUCCAGGACAUGGACUCCAUGAUCCGUCUCAUGAGGUUCAAUAACUUCCUGAAGGACCCGCUGUCCCGCUGCCGGGGCUGUGACCCCCCUCAGAAUGCUGAGAACUCCAUUGCUGCCAGGUCAGACCUGAACCCGGCCAAUGGGACCUACCCCUUUGCUGCACUGCGCCAGAGGUCACACGGGGGCACUGACAUGAAGAUCACUUCUUACAGGAUGGCCAAGGACUAUAGCCUGAUGGCUGCCAGUGGACCCACCUGGGAUGACGUUCCUCCUUUCCAAUGGAGUACCUCCCCCUAUAGCAGUCUGCUUCACAUGGGACACCCUGACCUCUGGAAGUUCCCACCCAUCAAGGUUCGGUGGGACUGAAGCAGAGGCCGAUCCCCUGAGGGUCACGGCUAUGUGGCUUGGGGAUGGGGGUCGACACCCCACCAUCUUCCCAUCUGUCUUGUAUGCCAAACUUUGGCCUUGCCACUGUGCUUUGGAAAGUGGGUGCGCUCCAUCUCCAGCUCCUUCCCCUGGAGGAAGAAGGGAAGCAUGUCCCAUCUGUCUGUCUGACUCUGCAGGGGGAAGAAGAUGGUAUGGGGGGAGUAGGAGGGUAGCAGGAUGCUGUUGAGUACAGUGCACUUACUGGAUCAAACUGAGCCUUGGCUUAAGUGGAUGUAGUUCUCAUUGGGUGCAUCUACAUGUUCAUUAAUAUGCAAUAGUUACUGUGAAUUUAAUUUAGUACUUGCUUAAUGAAGUACUAA